AUGACUCCACUAGUGCGGAACGACAGUCGUAUCAUCCUCCACUUGGAUUAUGACUGUUUCUAUGCCUCUGUUUUCGAAGUUGAGCAACCUGAACUGAGGUCACUUCCCUUGGCAGUUCAACAAAAGCAGAUUGUGGUGACCUGUAACUACGAAGCCCGACGGCGAGGUCUGCACAAGUUGCAGCUCAUCAAAGAUGCCAAACGCAUCUGUCCCGAUGUGGUAAUAGUUCUGGGUGAAGACUUGACCAAGUUCCGAAAUGCCUCCAAGGAACUCUACCUGCUGGCUCGCUCCGUUGUCUGGGGCGGCCGUGUCGAAAAGCUAGGCUUUGACGAGCUCUUUCUUGACGUCACGGAAAUGAUUGACUACAACAUUGGCGUGUUGAAUCAAAAUGACUUGGUGAAUUCGUAUUUCCAUCUUGAUCCGAAGGACCCGACCGUUGGUUUUUUGUAUGACGCCACUCGCUUUCAUGGGUCGACCUUCCCUGCCAUGGAGGAAGCCUUCGUCGCUCCGACUGGUCCAUCUUCGUUGGAAAUGAGGUUGCUCGUUGCCUCUCACUUACAGCGCCACAUACGGAAUAGGCUGGAGCAUCAAAUAGGCUUCACGGCUACGGGUGGGAUCUCAACCUCCAAACUGCUGGCAAAGUUGGUCGGGAAUGUUCACAAGCCCAACGGCCAAACGACUCUUCUGCCACCAUAUACAGCAACAGAAGAUAAUACUAGCAACGUGUUCCAGUUCCUGGAUGAUCACGAGAUCCGGAAGAUUCCUGGAAUUGGUUCUCGCAUUGCCCAGAAACUACAAUCCCAUGUUACAGGACAAGAGGGCGUCGACGAGAAGAUCACAGUCAAGGAUGUCCGACAGUCCCCUGGUAUGGGUCCACCCUUACUGGACAGAAUCCUCAGCGGGCCAGGCUCAGUGAAAGGGAUCGGGAUGCGCAUGUGGAACAUUCUUCAUGGUGUAGAUAAUUCCAAGGUGCUCGAGGGUCGCGAUGUACCCACUCAGAUCAGCAUCGAAGAUUCUUAUGGCCGGUUAGAUACCCCGGAGAUUGUACGGCGCGAGCUAGUAGUGCUGUCGCGAAGUCUCAUCCGCCGCGUAAGAACCGACCUACUUGAUAUGAGUGAUGAUACUGCUCCCCAAGGGAGAUGGCGUGCUCAUCCUCGCACUCUGCGGUUAUCGACCCGGCCAAGACUUCCGCCAGAUUCGGGUAUGGGGCGUACACACAGUUACAAUCGCAUCUCUCGGUCAGCACCCCUACCACCCUUUAUUUUCAACUUGGAUGAGAAUAUCGAUGCAUUGGCCGAACGACUGGUCCAAGAAUGUGUUUUCUCUAUGUUCCGCAAAUUACAUCCUGAAAAGUCUGGUUGGAACCUCAGUUUGUUGAACGUUGCAGUUACCAAUAUGGUGGAAACCGCGGGGGAUCAGAAACAAAACAGUGGACGAGAUAUCGGGAAGAUGUUUCGACAGCAGGAGACAGUACUUAAGGAUUGGACUGUGCAGGAACCCGAGUCAUCAUCUGAUAUGCCGCGGUUGUCCGGAGAUACCCCUGAAAUACAGUCCCAGUCGGACGAUGGGUGGGAUGAUGAUGAACCCUUGGGGACACGAUCACAAGCAUCAGAGGCCAUUCGACGGGUGACGCCCAUCGAUAAUGCCAUCAUUCGCACUCCUUCACAUCAAAUAGACCACCUGUCACAUUUUGAUAUCACCUUCGCCUUACACCAAGACGACAAGCGCAUAAAGCUAGAACUCGAGCCCAAUCAUGAUAUCUUGGCCGAGGACGCUUACGUACAAUACAUCGGCGCUGAUGGCACGAUAAAACGUGCAGAACCGAUCAAAAGACACGAACACAAAGUCUUCCAAGGUCGUGCCCUGGUAGGAUCCGGAAAGGGGAGAUGGACGCCCGUGGGCUGGGCCAGAAUCACCGUCAAAAGGGAUGGCCUAGAGCCUCUCUUUGAAGGUGCUUUCAGUGUCAACAAUGACAAACACCACAUUGAGUUACAGUCGACCUACCUCGACAAGAAGCGCCCGAUCGAUGCCGACGUCGAGCCCAGAAAUGGGGAAUCGAUGAUUAUCUACCGUGACUCCGAUAUGUUCCACUAUACCCACUCCGAGCUCAAGCGGUCGCUUCCCGGGUCCGAAGGCUGCGGCGCGGAUCAACUCGGAUACAAUGCUGAUCUGUCCAAUUCGAUUUUCGGAUAUGACAUGGACGAAACAGAUGGUCAGUGGGGUGUUGCCUCGUUGAACUCGAUGUUCGGAUUGGGCAAGCGACAGUCUUCGUCUGAUGUUGGCGGUGUCUCGGGCAAUACUGGCGGUGUGAAUCUGAAAACGACCAUCGGUGAUACCAGUGGAUGUCCUCAAACCAAGAAAGUCGCUUUGAUCGGAAUUGCAACGGAUUGUGAAUUCACCGAAUCGUUCAUGGCUACCAACUCCACCCCCGAACAAGCCGCCAGGGAUUGGGUUAUCAACGUCGUAAACACGGCUUCAAGUCUCUAUGAGGAAUCUUUCAAUGUGUCCAUUGGUUUGCGGAAUCUUACAAUCUCCGAGACGGGUUGCUCCCGCACGGGCUCCAGUGGUACCCCAUGGAACGUGGAUUGCGAUGGUGGAAACGUCACCUGGCGUCUGAAUGAAUUCUCCAAGUGGCGCGCAUCGCAUUCGGAUGACAAUGCCUACUGGACCCUGAUGACAAACUGCCCAACAAGCAGUGAGGUUGGAGUUUCAUGGAUGGGUCGUCUAUGCUCCUCCGAACUAGUCACCUCAGGAGAGAACUCUGUGACCGGUGCGAACGUCGUAGUUCGCAAUUCCGGUUCUUCCUGGCAGGUAUUUGCCCACGAGACUGGUCACACCUUUGGAGCAGUGCACGACUGCGACCAAGACGCCUGCACCAGAAAGUUGGAUGUUUCAUCCCAAUGCUGCCCGCUGAGUUCGUCGAGCUGCAAUGCUAAUGCAGAAUAUAUCAUGAACCCAUAUGCCAAGAACUCCAUGACCAAGUUUUCAGAGUGUACAAUCGGCAACAUCUGCUCUGCCAUCGGCAAAAACAGCAUCAAGUCCACUUGUCUAUCGGAUAACCGCGGCGUCGUGACCAUUAGCGGCAGUCAAUGCGGCAACGGCAUUGUCGAAGGCGACGAGGAAUGCGACUGCGGCGACGAAGAAAGCUGCAGCGACAACUCCUGCUGCGAUGCCAAGACCUGCAAAUUCAAAGACAGUGCCGUCUGCGACGACUCGAACGACAGCUGCUGCAGCAAAUGCCAGUUCGCCUCCGCCAACACUGUCUGCCGUGCCAGCACCGGUGAAUGCGACAUCGCCGAGACCUGCAGCGGAACCUCGAGCUCCUGUCCCGAAAACAAAUACGAAGACGACGGUGCCAGCUGCGGCGACAAGAACCAGAAGCUCAGCUGCGCCAGCGGCCAAUGCACAAGUCGCGACUACCAGUGUCGCACGGUGAUAGGCUCCCUGCUGAACACCAAUGACACCUGGGCCUGCGAGAACACAAAUAGUCCCUCCUGCAGUCUCGUCUGCGGUGCACCCUCCCUCCAACACUCAAUCGGUGUCCAGGAGUGUAUUAGUAUGAACCAGAACUACCUCGACGGUACACCCUGCGACUCGGGCGGUCACUGCAGCGCAGGUCAAUGUAAGGGCUCCUCGGCCCUGGGCUGGAUCCAUCAGCACGAGAAGCUGGUUAUUGGUAUCUGUGUCGGCGUCGGCUCAUUAAUCCUGCUCGCUAUCUUCUUCUGUAUCUAUAAUCGCUGCAAGCGCAGCGCACAGCUGCGGAAGGCCCACAAGGCUAUCCCCCUGCCUAUGGACCAGUGGCAUGGAUACCGCAAUGCCGGAUACCAGAAUGUGCCUCCCAAUCCCGGAUACCAGAACAUGCCUCUCAAUGCCGGAUACCACAAUGUGCCUCCUCCUCCCUCUGGGCCCCCGCCACGAUACUCAUGA